AGGGUAUGUUUGUUGUCGUGCAAGGUAAGAAAAUUGUUUUCUGAAGCGUCUAACAUGUAUUUAUUUUAAUUGAUUUCCUAAUAAAAUUUAAGAGUCAAAUAAUUGCUGCUUCUUUUUCUCUAUGUACGGUAUAUACUUUGGUCCAAUAAAAUUUACAUACUAUGAAUAUGAAACUCAAACUAUACCGAUUAUUAUCUACUUUUUUAUGGAAAAAACCAUUAUAAUAUAGAAGCAACGUACAUUUUAAAAAAUCCACAAGCAAAUCCUAUAGGUUUUCAUAAUAAUCAUAAAUUAAUUUACAAGCAAUUGAAACUCUACAACUAAUAAAUAUACCCAUCCAUUGCAUGAUGUAUGGGAACAUGUUUUAUACUAAGUACUAAGUAGUAUUGAUUAGUUAAAACACAAUUUUUGUUCCGAUCACUGAGUUCUAAUCGCCAGCUUCAUUUGUAGAUCAGAGCUUAAUCUGAAAGGUAUUGAGACCUCUGGUCUGUGCUAUUCUAGAAAUGAUUUUGGAAGUCCUGAUUUCUGUGCCCGUGCUGAUUUUUAUUUUUUGCAAAUUGUGGAAGCAAAUAAACCAAACUUACUUCAUUCUAAGUCUCUGUAAGCGAAUUCGCACAGAAGAUGGAAGUGCACUGGAAAAAAAUAUUUACGUAACGCCGACUAAAACCCGAUUUGGAAACAACUUUGACCUAGUAAACUUUACAGCUGAUAGCAUCUUUAAAUACAUGAGAGAUGCUGCUGCCCAAGCAAAGGGUCGGAAUUAUCUAUGGUAUUUCUUUCGUGCACCCAUGUAUAAUGUCGUGAGGGCCGAAGAAGCCGAGGAAAUAUUUCAAAGUCCCAAGCUUAUCACCAAAAAUGUGAUCUACGAUCUUUUGAGACCAUUUUUGGGUGAAGGACUGCUGACUAGCACAGACCAAGUAUGGCAUUCCAGAAGAAAAGCCCUGACUCCCGCUUUCCAUUUUAAUGUUCUGCAAUCUUUCCUGACUAUUUUUAAGGAAGAGUGCAAUAAACUGGUGAAAGUCCUUCAUCAAAGUGUGGAUAAGGAAUUGGAACUCAAACAGGUCAUCCCUCAGUUUACUCUAAACAAUGUUUGUGAAACAGCACUGGGCGUAAAGUUGGAUGAUUCGACGGAGGGUUUGCGAUAUCGCAAAUCGAUUCAUGCCAUUGAAGAGGUCAUGCAACAGCGGCUUUGCAAUCCCUUCUUCUACAACAUAGUGUAUUUCUAUCUGUACGGAGACUAUCGAAAACAGGUGGAUAAUUUGAAGAUAGCCCACAACUUUUCCAGCAACAUCAUAGAGAAGAGGAGAAGUCUCUUUAAGAGUAAAAAGCUUGGGAAUGUGGAUGAGUUUGGCAAGAAGCAGCGAUAUGCCAUGUUGGAUACCCUUUUGGCAGCCGAAGCAGAAGGUCAGAUCGAUCAUCAGGGAAUCUGUGAUGAGGUCAACACUUUUAUGUUCGAAGGAUACGAUACCACAUCAACCUGUCUAAUAUUUACUUUGCUUAUGUUGGCUUUGCAUGAGGAUGUUCAAAGGAGAUGUUAUGAGGAGAUCCAAAACCUUCCCGAGGACAGCGAUGAUAUCAGUGUGUUCCAAUUCAACGAACUGGUCUACUUGGAAUGUGUAAUCAAGGAAUCUCUUAGGAUGUUCCCAUCGGUACCUUUUAUAGGUCGUAAAUGCGUAGAGGAGAUCGUGGUGAAUGGUUUGAUCAUGCCUAAGGAUACUCAAAUCAACAUUCACAUCUACGAAAUCAUGAGGGAUCCUCGGCACUUUCCAGAUCCCGAUGUAUUUCAGCCAGAGCGAUUCCUUCCCGAGAACACCGUGAAUCGUCAUCCCUUCGCUUUUGUACCCUUUAGUGCCGGUCAAAGGAAUUGCAUUGGCCAGAAGUUUGCCAUUCUGGAGAUUAAAGUUCUACUCGCAGCGGUUAUCAGAAACUUUAGAAUACUACCCAUUACUUUACUUUCUGAUCUUACGUUCGAAAAUGGAAUUGUUCUGCGUACGCAGCAAAGUGUUAAAGUUAAAUUGCAGCUCAGGGAAAAGAAAUAG